GAAAAAAGAAGAAUCGAAUCAGAAUCAAUGCAAUCGAAUCAAUCAAUCGCAGAAUCUACGAGCAUCCAAAGAAUAAAUUCCAUCCAUCGCUCAGCCUGUGUCUCCCGAGGAGAAUAAAUGACAUCGACAAUCUGCUUCCUGUUCCGUUCCGUCUGUGUCUCCACCUCUAUCAUUUAUGGACGACAUAGUGAUAAUGGAUAGAUUGAUGCAUUGAAAGCAAUUCGGUCUUUGGUUGAGAAACCAUAUUCUUACUUUCUCCUUGCCAGAAAAGGAACAAUAUACAAAACUCGCCCUGCCUGAUUUCCAAUCACCGCCGCUUUCGGACUACGAUAAAGUGCAAUCGAACCACAGCAUUCUCUCGCAGACACGGAGGACAACAGCGUCUUCUACGAUAUACUAUAAAUUACAACACAACACAGAAACGCAUAAGAUGAUCGCCGCUGCAGCCCCGGUCGGAGGUUCGGCUCGUGCCGGAAUGGCGUUUGUGGCAUUUCUGUGGUUGGCGUUGUUCGUAUCCACGUGCCAAUCCUUUCUGCCCCAGAUGCAAACCAAUCAAAAAUAUCCCUUCCGCUACGCCAACGAAGAAACAACGGAGGUUGGAGAACCCUCGUCGUCGUCUAUAGGAUCGCCGCUAUCGUCCUGGUUCCCGGAAGAUCGGCAGAUCCUGCGAUUCCGCGAGCCCACCACAAACGUCACGGUCCUCCUGAUCGGAUCGAUGCACUACAACCCUGCCUCUAUCAACCUAGUGGAAACCACCGUCGAGAAGCUGGGAGAACAGGGCGAGCUCGCCUCGGUCAUUAUCGAGUCCUGCGACAUUCGAUGGAACAAGACGCAGGAAAUGCUACAAAAGAAGGAAGAAAAGCAGAGACAGCGACUGGAGGCGACGAACCGCUGGAAACAAUCGCUGGGAUGGCCUUUAGAGGAUGACGACAGUGAAGGCAACGAUGGCGCAGAAACUUCUCGGGUCACGCAACUGCAGCCGCUCUCCAACGACAAGGAUUUUUUGGGAAACGAGAUGCGCGCCGCCUGGGAGGUCGCGUCGAAGUACCAGAGGCCAACAGUCCUGGGGGACCAGCGGAUCAACGCCACGGUCGACGCCCUCAAGGCAUCGCUGAAGGAAACCGCAUCGGAUCUGCUUUUGGGCGGGCCGGGCGGAUGGAAGCGGUCCUUCGACGAGAUCGGCGCAAACUGGAACGAGACGAUUCCCAUGGCCCCGCUGUCCCUCUCUUCUUCGCAGGAAACCGAUGUGGCACUUCGCGAAGGAGACGACGACUACCUCAGCGCGGUAGCCUUUUUCGAUCCGCGCCUCCUCAUUUCGCUCCCAGUAAGCCUGGUCAAGUAUCCCCUCUCMUUCUUGGUCAAGGACCCGAUCCCGGUUGGGACGUUCUUUGCCCUCCUGGCGGCACUCAACUUGUAUGGAAGCGGAAGCCUGGACCUCGACCCCGGAAGCGCUGACGGUCUCUCCUCCACCCUUCUGGCGGCUGCUUCGGCCGUUCUGUCGGCCGGGACCGCGGACGCAACCUGGAAAGAUUACGUUCUAUCUGUCGGGAUUGCCGUUCUGGAAACAGUACUUUUUGCCCGCUUACUCCUGAAGCCGCUCCUUGCAGACCGGAACGAGAUCUUGGCCAGGAGCGUCCUGGACCAGUGCGCCCUGUACGCAACAAACGGAAAAGCAGCCGGCAACAGCAAUAACUGGCUCUCUCGCCUCAUCUCUUCGCCACCGACCUUUGGCGAGCAGGCACUAGGGGAACGAGAGCCAGAAGUGGGAAUUGUUUACGUUCCCGGAACCGAUCCGGAAACCCUGAUGAAUGGCGAUUAUGAUUCUCCCGAACCCGGAGACAAAGAAAAAGUCGUCGUGGCCGUGUUGGGGAUGGCCCAUUGCAACGGAGUGAUGAAACUCCUAAAGGAACAACGUGUGUAGCGAAUCGGAGGGUGGGGUACUCUGGCAAAGCAAAGCCAAAGAUUUACUCCAUGACCUCUUGAGAAGAAAAGGUACAACGAUGAAAUUGCUUUUCUAAUAAAAUAAAAACAUGAUAUUUUCGUUUUUCUGCUCGAACAAUGAAACCUUACGGCAUAAAUAAGUUUUGUUCUAAUAUCUCUUGCUUUGGUUGGUUGUUUGAACAAGAAAUGGCUUAAUGAGAACUUGACACGUGCUCUAGAAAUUCUAACACUAGAGAGGCGCCUUAGCCCUUCCAGAUUUUACAAUUUAAACCAAAGGAACUCCCAAUAUAUUUAGGUAUACCCAUGUGACGCAGGCUGAUAUCAUGUUUCUAUGCAUAAAUUCUAUUCGGUUUCUUUAAUAGCUUUCCCUGCAAGCUUUAGGUUCUUCCACUGCUCUGGAAAAAUUCCGUCGGGAACGCCGACGUGGUGGCGAAAGGCGCCCGGUAGCAUGUGGUCCUGGGAGUCUGGCUUGACAAAAAAGUGAAUGUUUUCCCUUCGGUAGUCUGUGAGGAUCCGGGGCACAUUGUUCUUCGCCCAGACCGUUGUCUCGGUGAAAUCCGAUCUCAGGGGGCUUUGGUGGAUCCGCACGGUGUACGUGACCCUUCCGUCCUCAUCGUUCGCAUUCAGGACGGAGCAUGGCCAAUGGCUGUACUCGGCGUGGUUGAUGUACCCAGUCGCGUCGUUGUACCCAAUAUCUCCCGCCUCGUCAGAGUACUUCUCGAGGAUUUCAUUGUCAGUCAAGUCCCGCCACGGGGUUUCGGAUUUCUUAUACCAUUUUUCGCCGUAGUCAUCCUCUUCGUUGGUAGAGUAUUGACAUCCGAGGAAUAAGUACGGAUGUUCCACUGUUUUUCGCAAGUCUCCGGAGAUCAGAUAUUCCGGGAUCGGCUCUUGCUUGUGAUUUGCCUCCUGCACCGUCACAAAAUUCGCAAUCUUCUCGGGAGGAUGCCACGCUUCGAGGUGUUUCUGCCAGGCAUUUUCCCAAUCCUCACCGUAAUCGAUAAAAACUGAUGGGGGAAAACAACGAAGUGUCAGAACAGAAAACAGGUGGUACGCUCCAACCAUUCCAACAGCGACGAUUUUUACACCUACCUUCUUCCCCCGGGGCAAUGUCCCGUGUGGCGACAAUCUCGAAUGAAAGUAUUCUUCCGAAUUUUUUAUCAAUCUCGUCGAGGGAUUUUGUUCGCCACUCGUGUGAGGUCUCGUCCCAGCCUGAGGACCAGCGGACAACCGCAUUGGGCCCAUUUGGACCGCAAGCUUGGGUUCGCUUACUGCAAUGGUUGAUGAGCAUGGCGCUCGUCAACGGACAGAGGAGCAUAGAGCUCUUUGAAUGGCCGAAACAAUAAUUAUAGAGUAGCCCUGUCCCAAGUUUGUAUUUUUCUGGAUCUUCCCGGACGUUGACACCUCUCUGAUAUAACGUCAGGAUUUCCUUGUGGACCGUCUGGAGAACUGGAGUAGGAACGACAAUCUCGCCCUUUCGAAUGCCGUACUGAGAAAAUCCACCAAGGCCUGCAUUUGGCAGGGUGCUCCUCUUUGGUAUCAGGUGCUCCAGACAUAUUCCAUUUUUUCGAAUCCACUGGGUGUCCCGGGGCUCUAGCACACCUCUGGCCAUCUCCCGUCUGAAUUCUUUUCGGUACUCUUUGUCUGCUUUAGAGUACUGGCUCAGUUUCUUCAAUAUCACAUCGCGUUUGGGGAAUGCUUUCGACAGUAUCUUCAGGACGAAUUUGGGUUUGGCAUCCGAGUCUGAGUCUGAAUCGAUCAUGGAAAGGAGAGUCUUCGUCACAUUUUUCGUCGGCCACGGCUUAUUUCCGAAUGGCUCAAAAAAUCGGAAAAUCCUGGCUGCCUCACGAAAAUCAGAUGGAUAAUACAUUUUGCUUUGCCAGUCUCCUUCAUCACCGCUGUUGUCGUCAUCUCCAUCACCGCUGGUACGUUCGCGUUCGCAAUGGCCAUAGUUCAG